UGUAAAUUGUCCGUUGAGAAUGUUCUAAUGAGAAAAAUCUCUUCUUGCUAGCAGGUUCACAAAACCCUCUCCUUGCAGGAGUUUUCACCGACGACGACAAUACACUGUUGCCGGCGAUCAAAACUUUAGUAGAACAAUAAAAAAUAGUUAUACACUUCAGAUUAUUACAUUUUUCUUCGUUUAUUGGAAUGUUAGAUUCUUCAACUGAAGUUCCUCUACAACCUUCAGUCGAGGAACUGAUCAAGAAGAUAUCCGUAGAGAAACGCAUAACGCCUCCCGAUGUUUCCGCCCGGCGGUUACUCUCAACGAUCACUGAAGCCUCAGCAAUCGAAAUUUUAAAUAUAAUUGCUGCUUCGAGUAAGAUCCGUACGUUUUCUGGUUUCAUUAUUCAUAUGGUGAAGGCGAGUUCAGCUGGGGUUUCUUCCCCUAACGGCGUUUGUAGUUCACCACAUAAACGAUCUCCUUCUCCUUCUUCCGCUUCCGGAAGUCCCAACAAAUAUGCACGCCAUGUUUCUCCAAAUUCCAAGGAGUCUGUAGACUCGCCUUUUUCCAGUUCAAAGACCAGAACCAUUCCUCAAUACUUCCCUAGAUCUCCACAUGACUGUGGUUCUUCACUUUCAAAGCAAAUUACAUGUUUGAAGGAUGCAACUCCUAACACCACUACUUAUCACCUGGCUGAAUCAUCAAAGGCCACUCAUAUUGUUUCAGCCCAAAAGCAACUUACAUUCUCACCAUGCUCUAGUUUAAAAGAUUCAAACCCUUCAAACCCCAAUGUUCUUAGAUCUACUGUAAACAAACGACUUGCAUUCUCACCUAAUUGUACUUUGGAUGGUGCUAAUUCUAAUAAGGGAAAACAGCAGUUUUUUGACACUCCAAAUGUCAUCUAUCAUUCUCCUUCAGUCCAAAACCAGCAAACACUGUUGCAGUGUUCUAGUUCAAAGGGUACUUUUGGAGGGCCCACUCCUGGGAAUAUUUUAUCAACUUCAAACCAUUCAGACCAUACAAGUAGUCUUGCAAUUAGCCUACAAUCAUUGGUCCUUGAUGAACUUGAAUUCAGGAAACUGUUCAUGGUUCAUAGUUAUCUUGGGAGGAAAAAGCUUGAAGAUGUUGUCUCUGAUGAAGAUGCUGUUGAAAUAAAAAAAAUGAAAAAUUUGUCGAUGAUUGAUUUUGAGGCUAAACUCUGGGCCAAGUAUGGCCGGACAUAUUGUGAACCCUGUGAUAGGGCAAUGCAUCUUGAUUGGGAUUCUGGAAAGACGUAUCUUUAUCAUUGUUAUGUGAGUGCAGAUGGAAAUCACCAAUUUAAGGGACCAUAUCUUAAUACUAGAAGAACUCAUCUCCAAAGGGUAUUAGGAGAUGACAAUGUAUUGAUUGUCCAAUUUACAGAUGACCCUGAGACAUCUGACACACCAUCCAAUUAUUGUAACUGGAUUGCAGCUUAUCAGAGGAUUUCUGGAGGGAUUUCUAUUGGCUUGCGCCAUUAUCGUCUUUUCGCAUUUAAAGAUGGUAGAGGAGAUAACAAGAAUCCUAAAGCAUACAGUAAGAAGAAACAAGUGUCUUCAUGGGCUGUGAAAUGCUAUUUUGUUAGAAAAGAAUCUAUUCAUGCACCAUGGAAAGACAAAAAUGACCCUUACAUUUUGUUCAAAAAGACAAACCAUGAGGCAAGAUGUUUAUUCAUGCAUGUGCAUAUGGUCUCAAACAUGGCUAAAUACAUCUCUAGAUGUUCACUUGCUCUAUCAAAUACAAUAAAGCUUCGUGUUGAUCUUUCUUCUGUGCAUGUUGAAAGAAUUCCAGAUAUCCCUUGUCGUGAUGAAAAUGGGAAUGUUGUUUGUGAUAAAGAUGGUGAAACACUCAUACAUACAGAUGGGACAGGGUUUAUUUCAGAAGAUUUGGCAAUGUUGUGUGCAAAAGAUUUCAUUGAAGCAAAGGGCAAACAUGAUGGAAGUUUUGAGGGCAAAUCACACAAAAAACAUUAUAUUCUUGAGGAAGAAGCAUUGGGAUCGAAAGGCACAGAAACUUGCAUUAGAGAAUCGCCUUUACUUGUCCAAUGCCGAUUGUUUAAAGAAGGUUAUGCUGUCAAAGGAACACUUCUUGUAAACAAAAAGCUUAAACCCCAAACAAUUCAAGUCAGACCUUCAAUGAUAAAGGUGGAGAAAGAUUCUAGGCUUUCAGAUUCAGAUUCAUUCAGUUCUUUAGAGAUAGUUUCCAUAAGUCGAAGACCAAGGAAAGCUAAUCUCUCAAAGAACUUGAUUGCACUUCUAAGUGUAGGAGGUGUUCCUAAAGAAUACUUUUUAGGUUUACUUGAAACUACAUUACAAGAAGCUCAAAAAGUAUCCUCAAGUAUGCGUGCAGCAGUUAGAGUUGGACUUAACUAUGGACAAAUGGAUGAUUCUGCAACAUCUGUAGCAAUGAUUGGAUCUGGAAUUCCACUUGAUGAACCCUAUCUUCAAUAUCGUUUGUCAAUUUUAGCAAAUGAAGAAAGAAAAGGUCUUUGUGGUGGAAAGCUUCCAGUCAAUGAAAGUUUUUAUCUUAUAGGAACAGCUGACCCUACAGGAAUCUUGAAUAGUGAUGAAGUCUGCAUUAUUCUUGAAAAUGGUCAGAUAUCAGGAAAAGUGUUGGUGUAUAGAAAUCCAGGGCUCCAUUUUGGGGAUAUACACAUUUUAAAUGCAAGAUAUGUAGUGGAAUUGGAAGAAUUUGUUGGAAAUGCUAAAUAUGGUAUUUUCUUUUCCACCAAGGGUAAGAGAUCAGUGGGAAGUGAAAUUGCUAAUGGUGACUUUGAUGGAGAUCUUUAUUGGGUCUCUAAAAGCCCACAGCUGUUGCAUUACUUCCAAGUAAGCAAACCAUGGGAAAGGCUUCACUCUACACCAAGUGGGCCCAGCAAAAAACCCAGUGACCUCUCAUAUGAGGAAUUGGAGACUGAGCUUUUUACUCAACUUUUUGCUACACAAAAACAGAGUAUUGUAGCUGGUAAAGCAGCUGAUGCAUGGCUUACAUGGAUGGAUCAAUAUCUGAGUUUGGGAGAAAAUGAUGUUCAUAAUAAGCAUGUGAUUAAUGAAAAACUACUCAAGUUAGUUGACUUGUAUUAUGAUGCUCUAGAUGCACCAAAAAGAAUAAUUUAUGAUACUGCAAAGGGAUAUCUACCUGAUAAUGCAUCAAUACAAGACAUCUGGAAACUUCCGUGCUUCAAUGUGGAGAUUGCAGAGGCUUGUUUAGAUUUGUGGAAGAAAUGGUACAGCUCAUACAGGCAUGAAAUGUCUGAUGCUAUGAAUUCAGGAGAUGAAUCAAAACACAACUCUGCAAAUAUUGUGAUUAAAAAAUAUAAACAGUUGUUGUAUGGGACUGAGGAUUUUGCAACAAGUAGUAGGAAGAUUGAUGAUAUUUACAAUGAAGCCCUUGCAAUUUAUCAUGUAAGUUAUGAUUAUGCUCGGAGUUAUGGAGAUGUAAAGAAGUGUGGGUUUGCAUGGAAGGUAGCUGGUGAAGCCCUCUGUUCAUUUCAUGAAAUGAAGACUCCUGGAAAGUCUAUUCCUUUCAAAGUAGCUGUUUUAUCCAUGUUUAUUUAACAUUUAGAAGUGGAUUUACGUAUGUAACAUGUAUAGCUAUGUAGGUGUGUAUGUAUGUGUUUGUUGUAUGAAGGGAUUAAUUAAUGGCAACGAUUGAGUCCCUGUGUUGGUUGGUAGUGAAUAAUAUAUAAAAU